GGUGUAUCGUUAUCCCUGAAGACAGAGAUAAAAUUACUAAGGAUUACUAGUGUAUUUGGUCAAAAGCACUGGUUGAAAGGAAACAUGUACGUCAGUAAUCAUUUGUUUAAUUGUCAUUGUUAAAUCAGGAUUGUUCGUACAAGUUACUUUUUAUAUAAUAUAUUUACUAUACUGUUUAUAAAAUGAACAGUUCAUCGGAUCCUAGACGUCCAGAACGAGAAGUUCGGUACAAACCGAGUGUGUCAGGCAGUCAGGCACAACUAGACGACAAUGCAACUCCAGAUUAUAUGAAUAUAUUAGGAAUGACCUUUAGCAUGUGUGGUUUAAUGAUGAGAUUAAAAUGGUGUGCAUGGGUUUCACUAUAUUGCUCAUGUAUUAGUUUUGCUAAUUCUAAAGUGAGUGAUGAUACUAAACAAAUACUCAGCAGUUUUAUGUUAUCCAUAUCAGCAGUUGUAAUGUCGUACUUACAAAAUCCACAACCCAUGACUCCACCUUGGGCAUCUGCGAUACAAUAAAGGGUUUUUAAAUUCACACAACUCCCUUAGAAUAUUAAUUAUUUAAUCAUUUUUUAAAAAUUCUUGUAAAACUAAUAUGUUAAUGUUGAUACAAUAAAAUAGUUUUUAAAUAAAAAAAGUAAAGUAGGAGAGAAAAAAUAAA